GCGUUGGGGCAGUUGGUCUAUUGAUGACCUAAUUGGCCGCAACGAAAACACUUGUUGCGUUCCUGGAGGUAUAUGCGUUCUGCGGGUGCGAGUUUUUGGAGAGGACGGGGUGGAGAGGCAGAGGGCGGUCGGGAGGCAUGAUCCUGGCGUUCCAUCCGCAUAAGGUGGGCGGUCUGGAGGUCCUCAAUGGUGAAUUGGGAGGGGUCGAGAGAGGCAGUGUCGAAGUCGUCAUCGGAGAUGAACGCAAAGUCGGGAAUGACGGUGGUGGGGAGGUGGUGGCGGGGGGAGCGGACAUAUUGGACGAAGCGGUCUGUGGGACCGGUCUGGCUGAGGUGGUAGAAUUGUUCAAGGUGGUCAUCAAUGGUUUUCUGGGGGCGAAAGGUGGCAGUGAGAAGGUUGGCCCAUUGGAGGAAGGAGUGACGUGGUCCUCCGGAGGCUCGACGGUUGCUGACUUCAGCCAUCCACCAUUUGGCGACAUUGUCGAGGAGGCGGGAGGUGGCAAUGGGGAGCCAGUGGGCAAGGGGCAUGUGGUGGAGGUUGAAGGGUUGGUGGAUGUGGUGGUAGAGGUGGUAGGAGUGGAGGAGGUCGGCGAGGGGGUGUUGCUGGAGGCGGUUAUGGAGGAGGGAGUGGUUUGCGCUGUGGAGGAGGGAGUGUUGUGGCCGAUGCUAUCGACCGAGUCGGUGCGGAUGUCAGACAUGUUGAUGGAGGAUGCGGUCAUAUCGGGGGAAGAGGGGGUGGAGGACGCGGCCGAAACGGACGUGGAGGAUGACGCAGCAGCGGUGGCGACGGCAGCAGCGACGGCGUCAGCAGCGGCGCUUUGGGAGUUCUUGGUUUGGCGCGGUGGCAUGUGGAGAUAGGGGGGACAAUUCCUAUUUACAAGAAUAGAGCGUAAAUUAAUUUGAAUUUAUCCGAAACUCAUUCGCAAGUGUAUUUUUCAAGAAAAUACGAAAGCAAAAUUUUCAGGAAUUUUCAAAUGAAGAAAAAAAAAAUUCAUUCCGAGAAAAAUAAAUUCCGACGAAAUUUAUUCGGAUUUACGUUCGGGGUAAAAUUUUAUAAUUUCAAAAAGGGGUGAUUAAUUCCGAGUAAAAGAGAUUAAUUCAG